CCCCGAUUUCAGGAGCGGCUGGAUCUACUGACGGGAGAAGCCUGGGCGGAGCCCUGGUCUCUUGCUUUCGCUUUUCUGGUGCAGCAGGAACUGGCCUUGAGCUUCCGCGCUUCGGUCGUGACAGGAGCCCGGCGCCCGUUCGCCCGCCCGGCGAUGAGCCAUGAGAGUGCGUGGGAUCUCUGCGACCGGGCAGCUACGGCACAGACAUUCCGGAGGAUGACAGAGGCGAGUGAGCUGGUGGCAGGAGAUGCUGGCGCCCGGCUGCACAGCCACCGACUGCUCGACACGUGCCUCGUGGUCGGGCUGCGGCCACAGGCUCUCCGACAGAUGGUGCAGGAUAUACAACACAAUGGCUCUGAAGCCUCUGAUGCGUCACCUGAGGUGCUGUCCAUUUACACACCACCCUUCAUCAGCGCUCAGUCCAGUUCCGAGACCUGCAGGAACAAUACAGAGGGUACCACUGGGCCAGAUCUCCCAUCGGGCCAACCCUUCAGCAGCGUGGAACUCCCGAAGGAGCACCUCAGAAUUCCAAAGGGAAUCGACCUGUGUGGGCUGCCAGAGCUGUGUUUCCCAGAUGGAUUUCAGCUGGACACUGAUGGAAGAGAGGAUUCCUUCCACUUCCUCGUGCUGACGGAUAUUCUGGGUGACCGACAGCACGGUGUGGUGCUUCAGGUGUACCGAGAGAUCAAGGAGAGCAACCUGCAUCCUGCAGAAACCCCGGAAUCGGAGCCGGCAGCAGAAGCUGUCUGUCUGCGGGUCCCCUACGCCAUCUGUGUGAUUACCAAGUUCCCGUAUUACACUGCGCUCAAGGACUGCCUCUCCUGCCUACUCUCCGAACUCACGGCCUGCAGCGAGGCAGAGUUUCCGAAAAAGGUGAAGGAGUUUGCUGCCCAACUCGCCCUGGUUCCCUGCCCCCCACCUGGAUCUCUCCAUCUGAGUUUUGAACUGGGGCCUUUGAACAUCAUGCUUCCACCUCCUGAGAAUGUGGGCUGUCCGGUCAUCGACAUCGGUCUGCACCUCCCAUUCCUCUGCUUCAGCCCUGAGACCAUCCUGCAGAUCCUGACCAACAUCCUGAUGGAGCGGCGCAUGGUGUUCCUGUCCAGUCACAAGCCGCUGCUGACGCUGGUCACCGAGUGCUUUGUCUAUUUCCUGCACCCGUUGCCGUGGAGACACACCUACAUCCCGGUGCUGGGCAGCCAGAUGCUUGACUUGCUCAUGGCUCCCACCGUCUUCCUGAUGGGCUGCCACUCCCGCCACAUGGACAUUGUCAGCGAGGUGGAGGAGCUGGUUGUGGUGGACAUUGACAAUGGCAGGAUACUGACCUCCCAGUACAAGGAGGUGGAAACUCCCCCGCUACCCACCGCCGUCGUAGACCAGUUCCUCACCAGCGCCCGAGAGCUCCCGGUGAAGUCGGAACUCGCACUGUCACACCUGGCUUCCUGCACCAGCCUGGCGUCUGCCCGAGAGAGGGAGCAACUCCGCCGACACCGGCUGAACCAGGCCACCCACCGCAUCUUUCUGCAGCUCAUCGGGAGCCUGCUGAGGGACGUCCCAAAACACCUGAACCUCAAGCAUCGUGUGUUUAUCAAGAAGGAGUUCCUGGAUACAAGGCAGCCAGCCGCCCAACCCUUCUAUAUCAGUCUUCUGAAGACUGACCUCUUCCACUGCUUCCUGAAGGCCCGGCUAAACCAGAGGGUGGACACUUUCAGCCGGUGGGAACUGUCGACACGAUCCCAGGCAGCCAGGAUAACCUCAAGGGCAGCAACAGUGCCUCGCUCAUCAAAUACCCUCAACUCCCUGAGGAAGCGCAGAGACGAGACUCGGAGCAAGAGUUUGCAAAACACAAACUUAACUGAACCGCUGACACUAAUCAGCCCCAACAAACCCAACCGGACUACAGGAGGAAAAGUCAAGGAGAAGCUGUCACUCCAGAGUCUUCAGCUGCCUUCCUUCCCCAGUGACCCACUGGAACCCCUCAGUGUGUCACUGUACUACACCAAGCUGGUUGUCCAGAUCACCAGAUACAUGGAGCAGACGGCCAGUGAGGACACGGAGACGCUGGCCGUCUGCCUGUACCUGAGGGGCAUCGUCCGGCUGGCUCAGGGGCAGUGUUUCCAGGCCCUGUUGGACUUCCAGAACCUGGAGAAGAUCGACAUGAACGCCUUCCCACUGGAGCUGGUAAAACAGACACUGGAGCAGAUGAGUGCGGAGGAGCUGCGUGGCGUGCAGGAGACCGAGAAACUGCAGGGUCUGCUUCACGACAUCAUGGAGAAACACUGGGACCAGGCGCAGCCUGAGCAGAGCGUCAAGGACUUUGAGCUGCCCCGCGUCCCCCUCAACGAGCAGGACUUCGCUGUCCACAUCCAGGCCGCUGGUCUCGUCAGCAACCCCAGCACCAUUGACACGCUCUUUGACAUCCUUUCUGAUGGGCAGCCGAAGACGGUGGAGCCAAAGGUGUUCAACGAGCUGUACUCACACUGGAAUAAGAUGAAGUCAGAGGUGGACAGCAUCAUGCUGGAUCCUGAUGUAGCCAUGGAGCUGCUGGAGAGUGAGCAGGUGUCUCUGGUGUCCAACCCGGUGAAGACCAAAUAUGGGCAGGGUCGCCUGGUACUGAGUCAGAAACGGCUCGGCUUCCUGAAGGAUGCAGAACCCCAUUUCAAGGAGAUUGUGCGUUUACGGGAUAUUGAGGAGGUGGAGCCAGUUCUGCCCACGACCGGCCUCCCCCGCAAGAUGACCAGCCUGAGGAUUAAGGCCCGGGGCAAGAAGGAGCCGUUUGUGGUAAACCUGAAGUCAGAGCGCGACCUCUGGAAGGUCCUGAUCCGUGAGCUGCACGCUGGCAAGCUGCUGGCUGAGCGGCACAAGGACCCUCAGUAUGACCAACAAGCUCUCAGUAACAUCCGGCUGAUCCACGCUCUGUCCAAGUGCGACCUCCACACGCGAACCAGCCACGCCAUCCACAUGCUGGCCCAGCUUGACCGCACCAUUUCCGAGGUGUCGCCCAACGUCCCGAAGGUGACCAUGGACGCCCUGAAGCAUACCCUGCACCUCUCGGACUCCGCAUCUUCCCCCUGUUCUGUUACUGUCUUGCUGUACCUGCCCGGAAGCCUGGACCCGUGCGAGAGUGUAGACACCCCCCCAGCACUGUGGUGUGCUCUGACUGAUGGAAGGCUCCUCAUCUACAAUGCUGCCUCCUGGCUCCAGGAACAGCCGCCCAUCCAGGCCGGACGCUCCAGGCUGAACUGUAUGAUCGGGGUUGGCCGGGAACAGGUGUGGAUUGGCUCCGAAGAUUCUUUCAUCUACAUCGUCAGCGCCCGACACCUCACCUGUCACCGACGCCUGGUCGCACAUCGCAACCAGGUGACAGGGAUGCGCCAAGAGAUACUGCCCGGUGGCGAGGGGGGUGCCAGCCAGGUGUACUCGUGCAGUCUGGAUGGGACCAUCAUUGUGUGGGACCCGGUCUCCAUGGAGAUGAAGAGUCAGUUCCAGCUAGAGCAGUGUUGGCAGCUGACGUCCAUCGCCCUGCACCGCAACCACGUCUGGUGCUGUGUGGAGAACAGUCUGGUGAUUGUGGCUCGGGACGGGAACCAGCUGCGGAAGGUGACUCGAACAUUCACUCCCCAAGGAGGCUCUAUUCUGCUGAGUUACUUCCUCAUUCUUCCUCAGGGGGAGGUGUGGAUGCUGUGUGCACAGGGGUGCAGCCUGUACGUGUAUCGCACCGACACCCUGAGUGAUCUGGUCAGAGAGAUCCCCCUCCCGGCUGGCAUACACCUCAGCUGCAUGAUCCACGUCAAGAAGCAGGUGUGGGUUGGUGGGGGGACGGCGGACGGCAGCAGAGGCCGGAUAUACAUCAUCAGUACGGAGACCCACUCGCUACAGAAGGAGCUGGAGGUGACCUGCGGCCCAGUCAGGGCACUGUGUCCGGCCGAGGACCGCUACGUGCUUAGCGCCACUGAGGACAGCAAGACCAUCAUCUGGAAGGUGGACUGAAGAUGCGGGUGCUGAGGCCUACAGAGCCAUCACCCCCUGCGGACAGCCCCACUCACUGCCUCUGGGCCGAGGAGUCCAUUGUGUCGGCCACCACCCUCGCCGGGUGGGAUCACAGGGAAGGAACCACCUCCUAUCACUCUCCUCUGUCCCACAGCAACUGUCCUGGUCAGACUCAAAUCUCAGACGUACUAAUCCUGGUCAGCCUCAACUCUCAAACUCUCUAAUCCUGGUCAACCUCAAAUCUCAAACCCUCUAAUUCAGGUGAAUCUCUUCUGCUGUCUCUCAAAAUCCUCCCUGUAAUAGGGUGACAGGAACUCAAUUUAUACUCCAAGUGCAGCUAAAUCGAUAUCUAUACAAUAUGACCUCCCGUCUUUUGUACCAAUGAAGGCCCGCUUUCUUUACCCUCCUGCCUGCUUGUGUUACCACUUCCAGGGAUCUGUGGACUUGGAUUCCACCAUCGCUGUGUACAUCAGUGCCCCUGAGGUCCCACUGUUCACUGUCUGGUCUCCUCUUACAGUCGACCUUCCACUUAACCUCCGACUGCUCUUUCACCAGCCGACCUACCCACUGACAAAUGUCCUCCCUAUCCACAAGUCUACUUUUCACACGUUCCUAAUCAGACCAGUGUCCAGUUCACGGAUGUACUGUAUAUAUAGCUCAGGUGGCUAAGACCUCUUCACAGUCCUGUAGGCUGUUUUUCACUUUAUUUCCUGCGUGGUUUAAUUCUGAUUUGAUUUGGAGCACACAGUGUAAAGACUAUGAUCUCCACCCUUGACACUGCAAUAUCAAUAAGUUAUUGUUAAUAUUAAUAAAUAUUUAGUCGAUAGAGUACUGUGCAAAAGCUUAGGCACUCUAACUAACUAUAUGUAUGUGCCUCAGACUUUUGCCCGGUCCUUUACAUCCCUGAACGCAGAUCCCUGUGGAACACCACCGGUCACAGGUCUCCGGUCUCCAGCGCUGCCCUCAGUCACCCACGAGGAGGCUACCAGGUCACCGCAGAUCCUAUGUGCGGAGCGAGACCCUGAGGGGUUGCUCAGCAGAUGCAGGGAGUGGUGGAGAUGGGGUUCGCACAGUGUCUAUAGGAAGGUCAACGGAGCUGAGAACCACAUCACACGAAUCACAUUCUCAGCGUAUUGGAAGGGGAAUGCCGGAUUGGGGACCAAUCAGUUCCAGAGAUGAACUAGGCAUGUACUCCACACUGUGAAUAACCUCUCUAACCACACCCCUCACACCAGCAACACACAGGAAGGUUCCUUCUCUCAUUUAAACCCCCCCCCCCCAAGCCUGCCUCUAACCCCUCUGGUCCAUCUCCUCCCCCCCAGUGAACCAGCAACACACAGAGGGGGUCACUACACUACUUCACUACCUUAGAAACCCCCUCUACUCCCCCCCCCACCAAUGAAACAGCAACUGGGAGUGAAUGUACUCCACAUCUCCUUCCCUCCUGCCUCCCUCCCCAACCUCAAUACUGACACAGGCCUGAAUCAUUACCUCCCUCCUGCUGACAGCCUCGCUCUCUCUCCCUAGGCCCAGAGACAGUCUGAUCUAACCCUCUUCCCCAGAGUGUGUGACAGGGCACGCCGUACAAUGCUUUCCUCUGCAUUCAGGCCCUCAUUUCAUGUGUCCUGUUUCACAGUGAGAACGCGGGAUAGUUGGAGCGGUACUGCACGGUACAGGCCCUUUGGCCCAUGAUGAUGUGCUGGCCUUCAAUGAGAGUGCUUGUUGUGAGAGCAGGCUGUCUGAAAACUCCUGUGGGUGGGGAUCAGCGAACGGUGCCAGGCCCACUCAGCACAUGCAGUGACAGGGUGGGGGAGAUUGCCACCAGCCCACACUGUCUGAACUGCCCUCUCCCCAUCUUGUACAUCCCUGUAUCCAAGAACUCUCUCUGGAGUGCUGCCACGUCCUCUGGAUUUCCAGCAUCCCCUGAAUCCCGUGUCUCCUGCAUUCAUUUCAGGAUUCCAGCACGUACGGUGAUUUGGUUUCCCUUCAGCUCUGAACCCAGUGGGUGGGGUGGGGCUCGGCUCAGGACAGUCACGGCUCCGAGCUGACAGUGGGCCCGGGAUUGUCCUCUGCAGCCCUCCCACAUGGGUGCCAGGGUAGGGUCCUGGCUGGCAUGACACUGUUACAGAUCGGGCCACUCGGAGUUUGGACUCUGUAUGUCCUCCCCGUGAACUGCAGGUUUCCUCUGGGGGCUCCGGUCUCCUCCCACAGGCCAAAGAUGUAGGUUAAUUGGUCAUUAUAAAUUGUCUGCUGACUAGGUCAGUGUUAAAUAGGUGGUUAACUACCAGUGGUGCUCAGAGGACCAAGAGCCUGUUCCACACUGUGUCUCAGUAAAAGAAAGGAUCCUGGAUUGUGGGACAGACACAGAGCUAAGGACAGGCCCUUCAUCCCAUCUACCCCAUGCUGGGAUUGACAGUCUAUGUUCAACCUCCAGCCUCUCUCCAAGAUCACAGGAGUGAGGCCCCCACUGGAGCAUGGACAUGAGAGAUGGUGGGGGGGAAAUGACAGCAGGAGGGCAGGAGGAACAUGCUGUGG